AUGGACUUUCUCAUUGGUGGGCUUGCUGGUGUUGGUGCUGGUUUCUUUAGCAACCCUUUUGAUGUGGUAAAAACUCGCAUGCAGUUACAAGGAGAACUACAAGCAAAAGGUCAACAUGCUGUUUAUUAUAAAAAUAUACCGCAUGCCAUUUACACCAUUGUAAAACAUGAUGGCAUAAGUGCUCUACAGAAAGGCCUCGCUCCAGCACUUUGGUUUCAAUUAGUAGUAAAUGGGGUAAGAUUGGGAAUAUACCAACAAGCUGACAACUAUGGGCUUCUAAGAGAUGAGAAGAAUAACACUAAAUUUGUUAAUAGUGUAUUUUUUGGUUCUGUAUCUGGCAUGUGUGGUGGUUUCAUGGGCAGUCCUUUACAACUCGUUAAGACCCAACUAAUGUCACACUCGGCUAAGCAAAUAGCUGUAGGCACACAACAUGCCCACCCAGGAAUGAUGAAUGCCUUAUCAAAGACAUAUAGGAAAAAUGGUCUUGUAGGAUUAUGGAGAGGUGCCCAUGGCAUGAUGUUAAGGAACUCUACUGGUUCUGCUUCACAAAUUGUUUCAUAUGCAAUGUGUAAAGAAUGGAUGGACAACAAUAACAUGUUCCAGCAAUCAAAAUACCUUCCUGCUUUUUUAGCAAGUAACAUUGGUGCUAUUGUUAAGACCAUCACACUAACACCAAUGGAUGUCAUUAUGACGCGACUCUAUAACCAAGGGGUUGAUGCACAAGGUCGUGGUCUGCUUUACUCGGGACUGGCAGAUUGUGCAAUGAAAAUUACUAAAACAGAAGGUGUUUUAGCUUUUUAUAAGGGAAUCGGACCCUCUUAUUUCCGUCAAGCGCCUCAUUCGGUACUUUUACUUGUAUUUUGGGAUAUGUUAAAAGAUUUACAAAAAAGUUAUCAACCGCUUUCAGUAUAA